AUGUAUGACAGUUUCCAAAUGUCUGAAUCAGUCCAUCCAGGAGACUCUGUGACCCUGAACUGUACAAUAAACAAUGAUACCUGUGAAGGAGAACACAGUGUCUAUUGGUUCAGACAUGACUCAGGAGAAUCUCCUCCAGGAAUCAUUUAUAUCAAUGGAGACAGGAGUGGUCAGUGUAUGAAGAGCCCUGAGUCUGGGUCUCCUACACAGAACUGUGUCUACAACCUCCCCAAGAGGAACCUCAGCCUCUCUGAUACUGGGACUUACUACUGUGCUGUGGCCUCAUGUGGAGAGAUACUGUUUGGAAAUGGGACAAAUCUGGAUGUUCAAGUCCCAGGGCAUGACUAUCCUUUUGAUCUGAGUCCUACUGUUCUUGUCUUGAUACUGUCCAACAUUUUUCUGAGUCUGGUGACCAUUCUGCUCCUCUGGAUGUUAUGCAACACUCGGAAAGGAGAUCACAGAGGUAUUUGCAAUCUUAACCAGAACAGUGAUAUAUUAAACUAUGCAGCAGUGAGAUUCAAUCCCAAGAAGAUCUCCUCUGUCAGACGAGUAGAAGACAAGACCAUCAGAAGAGAUGCAGUGUACUAUGAGGUCAGGGACCUGCAGCAGGAAUGA